AUGUGGAUCGAUGAUUUCAAGCGUCUACGGAUAACUCAAGCAGAAUUCAAUGACUAUCACGCGGUUGAUAGGAAACUAUAUGCAACUCUCGUAUUCGAUCUUUGGCGUGAUCCCAUUGAAGCGAUACAGAUGAUGGCCAUUUGGAUUUGGUUGGAGAGGGUGGGCAUCGGGUUUCCUGACUUGACUCGAAGGAUCUUGAAUCUCCCUGCUCAAUGGAUCGACAAAAUCGGAAGUGAAGCCUUGCUGUGUUGGGCAUGCCUUGAUAACACAAGUUUGUUGUGCCCCUCUUCGGUCCUGUAUUUCCCCUUAACCAAUAUGCUCCUCAAGAAAGAUUUACCAAUUGAGUUAUUUCGUAAGUUUCGCGAGAUUUCCAUUUUUGGGAUCAAUGAAGUGAUAAACGGUGUUUGUGCAAAUUGUCUCAAGGACAUUUGGGAUGGAGCCAUAACAAGAAAUGUCCACAUGAAAUUUCUUCAGAGGAUGGCUACACAUGAGCCGGUGGUUCCACCACAAACUGCAGAGGUCCAACCAGACAAUAGGACUUUGUUUGUAACCUUUUCGAGAGGGUAUCCUGUGUGUGAACAGGAAGUGCGGGAGUUUCUCUCUGGAGUUUUUGGUGAGUGCAUUGAGUCGUUUUAUAUGCAGGAAGUCAGUGCUGGCGAAAACGCUUUGUUUGCUAAGAUCGUACUCAAUCAUCCUUCCUAUAUUCAUCUCAUUCUUGGUGGUGCAAGGAAGGCAAAAUUUACCAUCAACGGAAAACAUGUCUGGGUGCGAAAGUUUAUCCCUCGACGUCGACAAUGA